AUGGCGAUGGCGACACCGUUGACAUGCAAGACCAUGCUGCUCAUGGCGUUCGUCGUGGCUGCUGCCCUGAGCACGGCGUCGCUGGCGCAGUCACCGCUGCAGAACAACUUCUACGGCUCGUCCUGCCCGCAGGCUGAGGCGACGGUGCGCAACGUCACCGAGGGGAUCAUCAGGAACGACCCCACCAUGGGCGCCGCCUUCAUGCGCCUCUUCUUCCACGACUGCUUUGUCAGGGGCUGCGACGCUUCCAUUCUGCUCGACCCGACCAGCAACAACACGCAGGUGGAGAAGAAGGCGAUCGCGCUGCGCGGGUACGACGCCGUGAGCAAGAUCAAGGCCGCCGUGGAGUCCGUAUGCCCCGGCGUGGUCUCCUGCGCCGACAUCCUCGCCUUCGCGGCGCGUGACUCGGCGGUCGUCUCCGGCGGCUUCGCCAGCUUCGCCAUGCCCUCGGGCCGCCGCGACGGGGUCGUCUCCAACUUCAUCGAGGUGCUCCAGAACAUCCCGUCCCCGAUCUUCAAGCUCCAGGAGCUCAUCAGCAACUUCGCCGCCAAGGGCCUCAGCGUCGACGACCUCGUCACGCUCUCCGCCGCGCACUCCUUCGGCCAGGCGCACUGCUCCUUCGUCAACGGCCGCCUCUACCCGACCGUAGACCCGACGAUGAACGGCACCUACGCCGCCGCUCUGAAGACCGUGUGCCCGGCGCCGGGCAGCGGCGGCGGCGACCCGGUGCUGAACAACAACCGCGUGACGGACCCGAACGUGCUGAGCAACCAGUACUACGGCAACCUGGUGACCGGGCAGGUGCUCUUCGUGUCGGACCAGCAGCUCAUGAACAGCAGCUACACGGCGGCCAAGGUGGCCAACAACUCCGGCGAUGCCGCCACGUGGAUGGGGCAGUUCGCGGCGGCGCUCGUGAAGAUGGGCGGCAUCCAGGUGCUCACCGGGACGGCCGGCCAGGUCAGGAAGUACUGCAACGUCGUCAAUAGCUAGCUGAUUAAGCCAGACACCGAGCUGCUACCACUGCAUCUCAUGCAU